AUGGCUGUCCAUUCCUUUCUGAGUCUUCAACUUCUAUCUGCCUACCUUUUGCAUUUCAGUCGUGUCUCGGGUCAGACUGGUUCGGUCUAUCAGUUGGAUACAGAGUACUCGGGCACCAAUUUCUUUGAUGGAUGGGACUUUUAUACGGGGGCCGAUCCCACCGGCGGUUUUGUUACAUAUUACAGCCGGUCGUCUGCGCAACUCGCUGGGAUGAUCAACUCGAGCGAUACUUCGCCCAUCUACAUCGGCUCGGAUUACUCGAGUUACAUUUCGUCCACACAAGCGGCAGGCCGACCCAGCGUCCGGAUCUCCAGCCAGCGGUCGUGGACCCACGGACUCUUCAUCGGAGACUUCAACCAUGCCCCGGGAGGAGUGUGUGGCAGUUGGCCGGCUUUUUGGACUCUCGGACCCAAUUGGCCUUACACCGGGGAAAUCGACAUCAUGGAAGGCGUCAAUCUUCUCACUAACAACGCAAUGACACUACACACAAACCCCAACUGCACCAUUGCAGGCGACAGCCGAACAAUGACCGGGCAGUUGCAGACCACCAAUUGCGCGUACUAUCCCGGAUACAAUGUCGGAUGUGGCAUCAGUGACAACCGGCCCGCGAGUUUCGGAGCCGGUUUCAACGACGCGGGCGGAGGGGUGUAUGCCAUGCAAUGGACCUCGGACUACAUUCGCAUUUGGUUCUUCCAGCGUGGCUCCAUCCCCGCCGACAUCUUGAGCAGAACGCCCAACCCUGCGAACUGGGGUCUUCCCGCCGCCAACAUGCAGGGGUCUUGUGUCAUCGACGAUCACUUUCAAGCGCACAAGAUCGUCAUCAACAAUGCCUUCUGUGGCGAGUAUGCCGGCGUGGCGAGUGUCUGGAAUUCUUCCACCGGCUCUUGCGCGGCCUCGACGGGCUACUCGACCUGCGAUCAAUAUGUUGCGUCUGUGCCGGGGGCAUUCCAAGCUUCAUACUGGAGCGUCAAUUCGAUUCGAGUCUAUCAGCUUGUCGCUUCCAGCCCCAAUGCAACUUCCACGGCAACUCCCUACAUAGCAAGCGAUCAACCCAGCCAAUCUACUGUAUCGACGACCAGUACAGCCACUCCCACUCCGACCACAUCUCUGUGUCCGAGCUACAACUUCACCGUGGUGCGAUCCGGCACCCUGAACUACGAGAUCGAAUGUGGUGUCAAUCCCGGAGGGUCCGACAUCGCCCGGCCGUACCCCAACUUUGUGGUCAAUUCGUUCGAGGACUGUGUGGCGGGCUGCAGCUACUGGAACGUCAAUAUCACGGCCAACAUCUGUGGUGCAGUCGCGUAUCAGAUCAGCAGCAAGGCCUGCUACUGGAAGAGGAACGUGGGGAGUACCCCCCUGAACUCCGCGUACAAUGGCGCCCGGCUCAUCUACUAUGCAUACCCCCAAGUCACGGACAAUCCCAACCUGGUCACCUCCAGCACCAGCAGCACCUCGUAUGUGGCCACGGUGGUCGCGCCGCAAACAUAUGUCAAUCCUUCGGUCUCUUCGACCACGUCCUUCUCGUUGAUCACAGGCACACCGGCGUCCUCGUUCACGGAUGGAAUCGGCAUGGGCGGUGGGAGUGGUACUGCGACUGAUCUGGUCUUCCUCUUCCUCGACCACCUCUACCUCUGGAUCUGUCGCAUCGACCACUUCAACCACUUCGCUGUCGAGUAG